UUCGGAAACCGGUCAAAGCGUUGUCAUGGUUAUACAAAUGCCAAGUUAAGCGCUUGAUUUGUGUCAAGAAUUUUGUGUGCCGGUGAUGGAUGAUACGUUUUUUUAAUUAAUGCAAGCAGGAUAUGGUCUGAUAAACAAGAAAGCCAGAGUUGCGUGUAUUUCGGCACAUAUAUAAUUAUAGUAAUUACAAGUUAAAAUGCUCACAGCUGAAGUUGAUGACCACAUAACAAAAAUAUAUGAGAUCAAGAAGAGGCUUGGAAAAGGGGCUUAUGGCAUUGUGUGGAAAGCAGUGGACAAGAAGACCAAGGACAUUGUAGCCGUGAAGAAGAUCUUUGACGCCUUUCGAAACCAGACGGACGCACAGAGGACGUUCAGAGAAAUAAUGUUCCUCAAAGAAUUUGGGGACCAUCCGAACAUCAUAACACUGCACAAUAUCUACAAGGCCAAUAACAACCGAGAUAUUUAUCUGGUGUUCGAAUACAUGGAUACGGAUCUGCACAACGUUAUCAGACAAGGCAACAUCCUGAACGACCUGCACAAGCGCUUCAUCAUGUAUCAGCUCUUCAAGGCCACCAAGUACAUACACUCUGGGAACGUCAUCCACCGCGACCAGAAGCCAUCUAACAUUUUAAUCAACUCUCGCUGCCAUUGCAAAGUGGCGGACUUUGGGCUUGCCCGCUCGGUCGCAUCUCCGACGAAGAGUCUCGGCGACUUGUUCGAUCCUGCCCUGACGGAUUACGUCGCGACGAGGUGGUACCGUGCUCCCGAGAUUCUGGUCUCUUCAAAGAGGUACACGAAAGGUAUAGAUAUCUGGAGCCUUGGCUGCAUCCUGGCCGAGAUGUUGCUGGGCCAGCCGCUCUUCCCGGGAUCAUCCACCAUCAACCAGUUGGAGAUGAUCAUGUCCACGAUACCCGAGCCCUCUUCCGAAGAGGUGGAGCGCAUCUGCCCGGGCUACGGCAGCUCGCUGCUCCGGAGGGCCCCCGCCGGGGCGGCCCGCCAGCCCCUGUCCUGCCGGCUGGGGCAGGCCCCGCCGGACGCCGUCGACCUCGUCUCGAAGCUGCUGCUGUUCGACCCGGGCAAGCGCCUCACCGCGGUCGAGGCCCUCGCUCACCCCUACGUCCACAGGUUCCACAGCGAGGCGAGCGAGCCGUCGAUGAGGGGCGACGUGCUGCUCCCGCUCCAGGAUGAUGUGCAGCUGUCGGUGGAGGAGUACCGCUCCAAGCUGUACGAGAUGGUGGCCCUCGGGCCGGCCCGCCCCCGCCAGAGACCCCCCCAGAGGCCCGGUCCGGAGAGAGAGUGCGGGACUGCAGGCGAGCGUCACCACGGCCGCCAACAAUGCGCGCACGAAGCGAGAGGCAGACACGCUCAGCCGCCCGGCAGCCGUCCGGCCGAGGCGUCCGGCCAGCAGGCCCCAGGGCAGAUGCUGCAGAAGAUGACCAAUCACGUUUGGGAGGUGACUCGGUACAAGAGCCGGACAAGUGGCUCUAAGCUGGAGCAAGGCAACCAGUUGAAGCCGAGACAGGCGGGACUGCUGCGGCCUGCCGAGUCGCGGUCUCGCAAGCUGCCCCCGCCCGCGACUGGCAAGCAGUUCAACAGCUACGACCACCGGUACGGCACUGUGACGCAGUCUGCCCUGCUGGAGCUACGCUACAGCUGCAACUAGCCCCGACAAUACCGUCCACUAAGUUACUCUAUGUUUUGUAAAGCUUUUACCACCAGUUUGUAAUUGCGUAAGCUCUGUAUAUUUUUUGUAAGAAUAUUUUUUUUUUUUUUACUUAAUUUUUAUCUAGACGUCAGAAGGAAUUUUAUAGUUUUCAAAAGAGGGUAUAUUAGAUAAAAACUUUUUACAAUAGCGUGUUGUAUUUCGUUCCCAUCCGCAGGAACCAGAAUCGUUAAAUUGAUGUCAAUAGUUGCCAAAAAAUUAACUGUUCCUAUACAUUGACCAGCAUGCGUCAGCGUGACUCAAGUGUAGCGUAGCAUUUACAUUUUAUAAUAGAAUUAAAGAAACUGAUCAUUUAGUGUAAUUGGUAUUCGUAACAAUUUUAAAUGCUGUAUUGUAACUAAACUGGUAAUAAACAUUUCACUGCCAUGUAAAA